AUGCGUGCUAAUACACCUGUAAGAUUUGGAAAAUAUUCGGACACAAUAGGCGUGAUUGAUUGUUCAGAAAUAUUCAUUGAAACACCAAGAAAUUUAGAGCUGCAAGCAGCUACCUGGUCAGAGUACAAGCAUCAUAACACUAUGAAGUUUUUAAUUUCAGUAGGACCUAAUGGAUUUAUUACAUUUAUUUCUGAAGCAUACACUGGAAGAUGCUCAGACAAAUUUAUUACAAACGAUUCAGAAUUUUUAAAAACUGUUCCUUCACAUUCCAGAAUAAUGGCAGACAAAGGAUUUUCUAUUGUAAAUGAAUGUUCAAGUAGCAGUAUUUACUUUACAGUCCCUCCUGGCAGACGGGGCGUUUCGCAAAUGUCACCUACUGAUUUAAUAAAAACAACUGAGGUGGCAAAACUGAGAAUAGUGGUAGAACAAGUUAUACGCAGGAUUAAAACGCACAGAAUUUUAUCAUGUGAAUUUCCAAUGACUAUGUUACCACAUUUAAAUGACAUUUUAAUUGUGUGUGCAGCACUAUCAAAUCUAAAGGUACCUAUAAUGGUUGACUGA